AUGCUGGCGGCCGACCAGCAACGCAGCAUCAUCAUCAAUGGUCAGCAAUCACCAAGGGGGGCCCGGGACAGCGACACGCUGUUUGAUUUGCGGCGGCAGUUCAGAGGAGGGCCUGCGCGCCGGGCCUGGGCUGGGCGGGAGAGGACGGACGAUCGCCGGGGCUCUCCCUCUCUCUUUCGCUCUCUCGAACCUCUGAACGUCUCUCAUGUCAACGUGGGCUGGGGCUGGAGCCGGGGGCUGGACCUCGACCUGGACCUGGGCCUUGACCUGGGCCUUGACCUGGGCCUUGACCUGGACCUUCUUGUCAAGCGUCAAGCACCCGAGAUCUGCGAGGUCGGCCGCGGCAUUACUCGCACCGUGCCAUCCCAGCACGGCUGCGGGCCAUCAAUUCAAUGGCACAACGAGUUGGCGAUGAUCAAGAUGGAGAAGCGGAUCCUCCUCGAUCCCAAAUUGAGCAUCCUCGAUACCGAACGCGAGAGAGACCCGGCCGGCUCACGUAGCCACGGACGGGGCAAACGGGUCCCCAAUGCAUAG